CCCUAACCUAGGGAUGGAUGUGGCUGAGUUGGAUGAAGAUCCCUUUGCCGAUCGGCCGCCUCCAAAAUCGGUGUGGGAAGCCACGGAAGAGGAGAGCCUGGACGAAGUCCGGGCAACGAUAGAGAACAAGCAAGACGUGAACUGCCCCAAUCCAAUCACUCUCAACACUCCCUUGAUUAUAGCGCUCAAGAUCAAUCACAUCGAGAUGGCGAAUUUUCUGCUGUCCAAAGGAGCAGACGUGAAGCCUCAGAAUAAAUGUGGAGACACUGCACUUCACUGGGCCGCACUUAGGGGACAAGAGGAAAUGGUUAGAACGAUGCUGAGCCGAGGGGCUAAACUGGAUGUGGUGGGAGAAUUCGGGAACACUCCUCUACAUUUUGCUUGCAAAGCAAACCAUCUCAAGAUCGUGUUCAUGAUGCUCGAGGCCAGGGCGGCGCCUCUGUGACUUGCAGAAAUGACUAUGGCA